AUGAGGUUGAAGGCACCAAUUGCCUUAAGAUCCAAGCUACUCAAACCAUGCAGAAACUUGUUACAAAUUUUCAGAUUCAAACUCAAAAAACCAUUCUUUAUAAGAGCCCUUCACUCUCGUCCUCAUUACACCAAAGUUGAAAAGGCUCAAAAGGCUCCGAAGAAGAAUCGGAUAACGGGGUUCCUGUCAGCUUUCCGUUCAACCCAGAAGCCGAAAGGGAUGGACAGACUAGCAGCGCUCAAGAGCUUCUCUGAAAAAGGGGGUGAUGGAAGGCAUUAUUCAUCACCCAUUACACCGGCUUAUUUGAAGGCUAUGGCUGGAGAACCGGUGGCUUCGGGUCAUGAAGAGGUGCAAGAUGCAUGCAGGAGUUUUGAGAACUAUUUGGUGGAGAUGAUUAUUGAUGAAGGGAAAGUGAGGGACUUAAUGGAUGUGGAAGAGCUUCUCUACUGCUGGAAAAACCUGAAAAGCCCUGUUUUCAUUGAUUUGGUUGGUAGAUUCUACGGAGAGCUGUGCAAGGACUUGUUUUCCACCAGCAGUGAUGAAAGUUCAUAGUGAUUCUUCAAUAUUCAAAUUCUUUCUUUUAAAGGCAUAAUUUUUUUGUAAUAUGGCAUGUA